GGCUUUUGUAGUUCUUUUAUGAAGUUUCAUUCGGGUUAUGGUGAAAAGAUAGAUCUCGAUUUCUUUUUGUUAAAAUUUUUAAAUGUUUUUAUAUUAAUAAUUUACACAAAUGUCUAGUUUUGUUUUAUAAUAUUGUGAAAAAAGUUAAAAGAAUGAUCAUCUUAUACGACGUCUACUACUUCAGUAUAACAGGCAUUUUCUUCAAGAGAAAAAACAUCUUACAACGCCGACUUCUUGAACAAUAAUUCUAAUUUACUAGUUGUAAGAUUUAUUUAAUUUGUUUAAGUUAUGUGUGUGUAUGGACCACAACGAAAGAGAAGCUGUUGUAGGGCCUGAAUUGGCCAAGCACCCCAGAUCUCAUUCAAUUAAUGCGAUGGCUAGAGUCAUCUCAAAUAUGAACGUAACCAACCCUAUUAAAAAGCUGGUUAGCCAGAAAAGAAAAAGAUAUAUUAAAGACGGAUUCAAUUUAGACUUAACUUAUAUUCUAGAUAAUCUCAUUGCGAUGGGAUUUCCAGCAGAGAAGAAACUAGAAGGAGUAUAUCGCAACAAUAUCGACGAAGUGGCGAGGUUUCUCGACGAAAAACAUAACGGUCAUUAUAAAGUUUACAACUUAUGCGCAGAGAAAGAGUACGAUACUGCUAAAUUUCAUCAGCGAGUCGCCAAUUAUCCGUUCGACGACCAUAAUCCACCUUGCAUGGAAGUGAUUAAACCGUUUUGCGAAGAUGUUGCCAGCUGGCUCGCGAAAGACCAUAAGAAUGUGGCUGUGGUUCAUUGUAAAGCGGGAAAGGGCCGAACUGGCGUAAUGGUGAGCUGCUAUAUGCUCCAUAGUGGACAGUUUCAGAACGCUAUGGAAGCACUGAAUUUUUACGGUCAGAAACGUACAACAGAUCGGAAAGGUGUAACGAUUCCGAGUCAGAGAAGAUACGUGAAUUAUUAUGCGUCUUUAGUUAGAGAUCGAAUGGAAUACCGACCGGUCAAGCUAUUUGUACGAGAAAUCUGUUUCGAACCGGUUCCGUCUAUUUUUGCUACUCAACAAGGCAGCGUCAUGUUCGUAAUUUCGGAGUGUAAACGAGUCGGUGAGUUCACCCUGAAAGUGAAGAAACUCCACACGUCGAUCACUUACGAUGUCAAAAAAGGACAGUCUAGCUUCCGAGUACCUCUGCUGACCGAUGUUGCUGUGCAGGGUGAUGUUAAAAUCGAAUUCUUCAAGUGUAAACUCAAAAAAGAAAAGUUAUUCCAUUUUUGGUUUAACACUUUCUUUGUUCGGGAAAUCCUGUCGCCUGACCUCCAAGAUCAUUCGAAUGAUCAAAGAAAAUCCUAUAUGUCGGAACAGUACAGCUACGAUGAUUCCCAAGUUAACAAUAAACCGAGAGCGCAUUCAGUCGGCGAAGUUGAAUCGAAUUCGAAAUUGGUCGUGCUGAAGAUCGACAAAAAUGAAAUCGAUGAUGCGCACAAGGACAAACAGAAUAAAAUAUUCAGCGCCGAUUUUCAAGUAUCUUUGAUACUUGAAAAUCUUCCGAAAGAUAAACAGUUGGGCGUCGAAGUGGAGGCGAGUGAAUCUUCAGAAGCGGAGUCUAGCACCGAAUCUUCUGUCGCCGAAGAUGAAGAGGAAGCUUGGGAAUCAGGUAAAUGCCUUGAAAAGAGGGAACACCAAAGGAUCAUGUUCAAGAAAAUCAGGUCGACGUUUUUUCUUUCAUUUUUGCCCGUUGGUGUAAGACUUUUAUGUAGAAAGUUUUGUUCGUGUAUCAUCAAAUCUUGAUGAUCCGGAUGAUCAAGUUGAUUGAAUUUCUUCUUAUGGAGUUUAGGUUGUGCGGUUGAAGUGGUUGUGGGUCGGUUAUGUAAAUUGAAAUUUAUACAAUUUCUUUUCAUCGUAAUUAUGUUGUAUUUAUGGAGUGUAUUCGUGUUUUAAAAGAAAGACAUUACUGUUUGCAGGUAAUACUAUCUUAUUUAUUUUAUUUUUUAACUGAUUAUUUAUUUUUGAAGGAAGUUGAGUUUGUGAAAUUUGAGAAAAAGAA